CCUUGCUUCCCCCCACCGACAUGGUUUUAGCAGAUCUUGGCCGUAAACUCAAUGCGGCCCUCUCAUCACUCAACAGGGCACCAGUCGUAGACGAGAAGGUCCUCGAUGCGACGCUGAAGGAGAUCACUGCCGCACUUCUCGAGUCCGAUGUGAACGUGAAGCUGGUCGCAUCACUUCGCUCAAAAGUCAAGACAAAGGUCAAGGCGAUAUUUGAGGGAGGGGACAAGACCAAGGACGUAAACAGAAAGAAUGUCAUCCAGAAGGCAGUAUUCGAUGAGCUUGUCGCACUCGUAGACCCCGGCGUCGAGCCAUACAAGCCAAAGAAGGGGCACACGAACGUCAUCAUGGCUGUCGGUUUACAGGGGAACGGCAAGACGACAACAUGUACGAAGCUCGCCGUACACUACCAGAAGCGCGGCUUUAAGUCAGCGAUCGUGUGCGCGGACACCUUCCGUGCGGGUGCCUUCGAUCAGACGAGGCAGUCUGCGACCAAGGCGAAGGUCGCCUACUUUGGCUCGUACACGGAGACAGACCCGGUAUCCAUCGCCGCUCAGGGUGUAGCCAAGUUCAAGAAGGAGCGGUUCGAGGUUAUUAUCGUCGAUACCAGUGGAAGGCAUAAGCAGGAGCAGGAGCUCUUCGAGGAGAUGAUUCUCAUCGGGCAAGCCGUCAAGCCGGACAUGACCAUCCUUGUCCUCGAUGCCAGCAUCGGUCAAGCAGCAGAAGCGCAGGCGCGCGCUUUCAAGGACAGCGCGGACUUCGGUGCCAUCAUCGUCACGAAGAUGGAUGGACACGCAAAGGGAGGAGGAGCCAUCUCUGCCGUCGCCGCGACCCAAACCCCCAUCAUCUUCCUUGGUGUUGGCGAGCACCUUCACGACCUCGACCGCUUCGCCCCCCAACCCUUCAUCUCCAAACUCCUCGGCCUCGGCGACAUGCAGGGCCUCAUCGAGCACAUGCACGACCUCACCGCGCAGAACCCCGACAAGCAGAAGGAGAUGGCGAAGAAGUUCGAACAGGGCAAGCUCAGCAUCCGCGACUGGCGCGAGCAGAUUUCGAACGUCAUGAGCAUGGGCCCCAUCAGCAAGAUCGCGUCCAUGAUUCCGGGACUGCCGGCGGAGAUGCUGCAGGGCUCGGACGAAGAGGGCUCGUUACGGAUGAAGCGCAUGAUCUACAUCACGGAUAGCAUGACCGCGGCGGAGCUCGACUCGGACGGGUCGAUGUUCAUGGAGUGGGGGAAGGACGGGAAGCCGACGGGCUUGACGUGGCGAGUAACGCGUGUGGCGAAGGGCAGUGGGACGAGCGUAAAGGAGGUCGAGGAGCUGCUAUGCCAGUACCGCAUGAUGGCGAACAUGGCGAAGCAGGCAGGCGGCAAGAAUGGAUGGUUGCAAACAAUGCAGAAGAUCCAGUCCGUCGCCGGCAGCAAGGGUCUCGGCGCGAACGGCAUGCCCACUCCCGCACAAAUACAAGCCAUCCAGCGUUCCAUGCCACCAGGCAUGCUCCAGCAAAUGCGCAAGCAGAUGCAGGGCGGUGGGGGCAUGCAAGAGAUGAUGAAGGCCAUGAUGGGCCAGGGCGGUGGCGAUGGUCCGGAUAUGGAGGAGAUGCAACGAAUGAUGGCGAGCAUGGGUCAGGGAGGCUUAGGCGGACUGGGUGGUCUAGGCGGACUAGGAGGCCUCGGUGGCGGCAUGCCGGAUAUGAGCGCCAUGAUGAAGAUGAUGGGCAUGGGCGGUGGUGCUGGUGGACGAUGAGGCAUUCCAUGGGACAUCCGAAAGUACGUUAUAGUUCCGAACACGCUCUCGUGCGGCUGUAGCCAUGGUGCAUAAUGUGUGGUCUUGUAUAUAUUGUAUCAUACGCUGGUAUCUGUUUUGCUCCUGGCGCGGUCAGCAUCGAUGUCUACAAGUUUUCAGGAAAGACCAGAUGCAUACAGUACUUGGUCGUGACGGGCCACUGACAUAGCUACAUUCGAACGCCCCCAGUGGCGAAAAAGGCAUUUGAUACGCGCCAAUUCACGCUCCUCGAGCGGGCGGCACGGAAAAUACGGCGACGUACUAGCACGUGCCUUUUUUAUGCUCGGCCACACAGGUUCUGUAGCGUUCUGCCACCGGGAACACCCUCCAGCCGCGCCUGGCAUAAGAGCGGUAGGAGUUCAUCUACCUUCCGCCAUUGCUCUGCCUGA